AUGGCCUCGAGCACAGGUGACCGGAGCCAGGCGGUGAGGAAUGGACUGAGGGCGAAGGUGCUGACGCUGGACGGCAUGAACCCACGCGUGCGGAGAGUGGAGUACGCGGUGCGUGGCCCCAUAGUGCAGCGAGCCUUGGAGCUGGAGCAGGAGCUGCGCCAGGGUGUGAAGAAGCCUUUCACCGAGGUCAUCCGUGCCAACAUCGGGGACGCACAGGCUAUGGGGCAGAGGCCCAUCACCUUCCUGCGCCAGGUCUUGGCCCUCUGUGUUAACCCUGAUCUUCUGAGCAGCCCCAACUUCCCUGACGAUGCCAAGAAAAGGGCGGAGCGCAUCCUGCAGGCGUGUGGGGGCCACAGUCUGGGGGCCUACAGCGUCAGCUCCGGCAUCCAGCUGAUCCGGGAGGACGUGGCGCGGUACAUUGAGAGGCGUGACGGAGGCAUCCCUGCGGACCCCAAAAAUGUCUUCCUGUCCACAGGGGCCAGCGAUGCCAUCGUGACGGUGCUGAAGCUGCUGGUGGCCGGCGAGGGCCACACGCGCACGGGUGUGCUCAUCCCCAUCCCCCAGUACCCACUCUACUCGGCCACGCUGGCAGAGCUGGGCGCAGUGCAGGUGGAUUACUACCUGGACGAGGAGCGUGCCUGGGCGCUGGACGUGGCCGAGCUUCACCGUGCACUGUGCCAGGCGCGUGACCACUGCCGCCCUCGUGCGCUCUGUGUCAUCAACCCCGGCAACCCCACCGGGCAGGUGCAGACCCGCGAGUGCAUCGAGGCCGUGAUCCGCUUCGCCUUCGAAGAGCGGCUCUUUCUGCUGGCGGACGAGGUGUACCAGGACAACGUGUACGCCGCGGGCUCGCAGUUCCACUCAUUCAAGAAGGUGCUCAUGGAGAUGGGGCCGCCCUACGCCGGGCAGCAGGAGCUUGCCUCCUUCCACUCCACCUCCAAGGGCUACAUGGGCGAGUGCGGGUUCCGCGGCGGCUAUGUGGAGGUGGUGAACAUGGACGCCGCAGUGCAGCAGCAGAUGCUGAAGCUGAUGAGUGUGCGGCUGUGCCCGCCGGUGCCAGGACAGGCCCUGCUGGACCUGGUGGUCAGCCCGCCCGCGCCCACCGACCCCUCCUUUGCACAGUUCCAGGCUGAGAAGCAGGCAGUGCUGGCAGAGCUGGCGGCCAAGGCCAAGCUCACCGAGCAGGUCUUCAAUGAGGCUCCUGGCAUCAGCUGCAACCCAGUGCAGGGCGCCAUGUACUCCUUCCCGCGCGUGCAGCUGCCCCCGCGGGCGGUGGAGCGCGCUCAGGAUGACCAUUCUGCCCCCCUUGGAGAAACUGCGGCUGCUGCUGGAGAAGCUGAGCAGGUUCCAUGCCAAGUUCACCCUCGAGUACUCCUGAGCACCCCAGCUGGGGCCAGGCUGGGUCGCCCUGGACUGUGUGCUCAGGAGCCCUGGGAGGCUCUGGAGCCCACUGUACUUGCUCUUGAUGCCUGGCGGGGUGGGGUGGGGGUGGGGGGCUGGGCCCCUGCCUCUCUGCAGGUCCCUAAUAAAGCUGUGUGGCAGUCUGACUCCAGGGAGGAAGCGUUGGCAGCUGCGUGGCCCGCUCCCACCUGCCUACCCUUCUUGCAGGCCUGAGUCCCUUCAAACAAGGGACCUUCCACGGCCACCACCCACCUCUUCCUCCUGAAGACCCGGCGCCCACCAUGGGCUGGGUCUUCCCCCUGGCCUCUGGU